AUGAGAGGUAUAGCAUCUUGUUACAACGAACAUGCCAUUAGAGUGUCUGAUUCAUAUUGUUCAAGGCCUUCAAACCAGGCUUUUCUCUGUCCAAAGUUGAACCAUUCUUCCAGAGAUUCAGUCACAUGCAUGUACAAAGUCAACUUGAUCUCAACGCUACAACGAGUACUCUUCAUCACACUAACAUGGACCAAGAAACUCAUGGGUCAAGGCUUCACCAUAACCAUCACAAAUUCCGGACAUUCCCCUUCUAAAUUCAAUGCAAGGCAAUUGAUGAGAAAGAUCAAAGGCAACCAAACGUUCAAAUCCCACAACUUUGAAAUCCAAGUCCUGUGGGAUCUCUCUGAUGCGAGAUACGAGGAAGGCCCAGAACCAGUUGGUGGGUUUUACGUCGUCGUUUUGGUGGAUUCUGAAUUAGGCCUGCGCCUCGGUGAUAGAACCGAAAGUGAAGAUCAAUCGUUGAACUUGGACGUGAAGGAAGCGAAAUUCUCAAUGGUUUCAAGGAGUGAGAGAUUUUCUGGCACUGCUGUUUAUGCAACGAAGGCAAAAUUUUCUGAGAAUGGGAUUGCACAUGACAUAGUGAUAAAGUGUGGUGCGGAAGAAGAAGGGUCAAAGAGUCAUGUUUUGUCUGUGUGUGUGGACAAGAAAACGAUGUUCCAGGUUAAGAGGUUGCGGUGGAAUUUUCGUGGGAACCAAACAAUUUUUGUUGAUGGUUUGGUUGUGGAUAUGAUGUGGGACGUUCAUGAUUGGCUUUUCAAUCCAAAUUCUGCUUCUGCAGUGUUCAUGUUCAGAACAAGGAGUGGCUUAGAUAGUAGGCUAUGGUUGGAGGAGAAAACUUUGCAGAAUCACAAGGAACAGGACAGAAUUGGGUUCUCUUUGUUGAUAUGUGCCUGUAAGAAUUCUGACUAA